AUGGCUAGGUCACAAAGAUUGUGUUGCAUGUUCCUAUUGUCUGUCCUUCUUCAUAGUGCACUUGGAGCUAGUGAUGGCCCCACCCUGGAUGUCAAUCCUAAUGCUCCAAAAACCAGAGGAAGUAAAUUUGCUUUGGCCUUCAUGAACAAUGCGAAUGAAGGACCAGCAACCACAUUACAGCAGAUCGGUCUUUUCAUCACCACUGAACAGGAGAGCUCAAGUUUCACCCUAGAGACACGAUGGCCGGGAGUUAAUGGAGCAGGAUUCACUGAGACCUCUCCUGGAUCUGGGUUAUGGUCCCGUACGGAAAGGACUGUACGUGGAGAAUUCACUUUCAUUAAUCUGCCAGCAGGAAGGAAUGGCCAAGGAGACAUAGCCGUGCAAGACAAUGGAGAUAACGAUGAAGCUGACAGCCAAAAAGGACUCUUUAUAACAGCAGAAAAUGCAAACGAUGAACUCACUGUAUAUGUGCUCAAUAAUGAAAAUACAACAACUGAUGCGUACAUGGCUAUUAACUGCGUCGAAUUUCCAAGUGCUAAAAGUUACAAGUAUUUUAUCUUUUCAUCUAAUGUAUUUGGUGGAGAGUCGUUUCAGAGUCGAUUUCUCUUUACUCCUUGCAAAGAUGACACUACUGUCAGUGUACAAGCCUCCCAAACCCAAACCCAUCCCACUUGGGUGCUACCAAGUUCUGGCAACCCAAGUGCUCGAGUUGAAGCAACAUAUGGGAGGGCUUUCAAUCGUUUUGACACUGUGAUGAAUAGCAAUAAUGACGAUCUUACAGGCUCUAUCAUCACUUCUGACAAGCCAUUGGCUGUAUUUUCUGGGCAUCAAUGUGGAACUCCUACUGAUGAUGGAAGUUGUGACUAUCUUGUAGAACAAUUGCCACCUCAUCCAACAUACGGUGACCUGUUUUUUACGGCUCCCUUUGCUGUCAGACGAAGCGGUGAACUGUAUAGAAUUGGCUCAGUAUCUCCUGGAGCACUAGUAACGAUCAAUUGUGAGUGUGCAGCAAGUUCAGCUGAUGGGAAUAAUCGAGUUGGACUUGUUAGCGCUGGAGAUGGUGUUUACACAGCCACAGUGGGUGCAGGACAAUACGCUGAGUGCCGAACACCUCAGAGUGCUCAGACCUAUUGUUGUGUUACGUCCUCUCAACCCGUUACUAUGGCUGGAUAUACACUCGGCCGUGAUGCUGAACCGGUUUUAGGUCGCUCUGAAAAUUUUGAUCCUGCCCUAUAUUACAUACCAGCAGCUAACUCCUAUUUGAACAGCUACAGCUUCACUACAGCCAAGGAUUUGACCACUCAGUUCAACGGAUAUUUGAGCUAUAUUUUGCCCACUCGCAUCUUCAAUAAUACUGAAGCAAAUCAACAGAGGUUUCGUAUAAAUGGAGAAACUAGUAUUCCCGACCAAUAUGAAGCCAUCAACUGUCGAGUGGAUGGUACUGAUCAGGUAUGUGCUUAUGGAGCUACCAGUAACAUAGGCCGAGGAAAUUUCAACCUUACUUAUGACGACAUUGAAGAUGGGGCAUUCUGGGGAUUUGCAUACGGCUUCUCUUUUAGAGCUUCAUUUGCUUAUCCUUUGCCCUUUGAAAUGGAGCCAGUUGGACUUGCCUGGAUUCGAGCAGUGGAUCAAGUUGUACUGGAAACUGUUGGAACGGUUGAUCUCAUGUUUAGUAUCACCCGUGGUGAUCGAUCAGAGCGUAGUAGAGCAUUUGUUGCCACUCAAUCCCUCACAGCCAUAGCAGGUUCUGAUUAUACUGCUCCUCUAUUACGAAAUAAUGGUGGGCGUUAUCGAAAUGGCAACCUGCGAUGGAGAGCUGGCAACACGUUACCUCGUGUUCCAUACGUAGUCACUAUUUUGGAUGAUGACAUUCCAGAGCCAGUGGAAGUGGUGGAGGUGAUGGUGCAGUGUAUUGCAACAGAGAACUGCUACCUGCCCAGAACUCGGUACACUAUAACCAUUAUUGAUGAUCAAGGUGCCUGUCCUGACCUACCUGCUUUCUCUGGUGGCUCCAUCUCAUAUGACUUUGAGUUUUUCACAGAUAUUGGCGGUCACCCAUACGGAACAGUUGCCACGUACGAGUGUGAUGUUGGAACUUUAGUAGGAAACCGAAGAAGGACUUGUGAGAAUGGAGUGUGGUCAGGAAUUAUACCAAGCUGCGGGGACCCUGAAUGUCCAGCACUGGCACCCAUUCCAAACGGAGCUAUUACAUAUGAUCCUGAUACGAUUGCUCCUUUUGAUGUGGAUACAGUGGCUACCCAUAGCUGUAAUAAUGGUUUCAUUCUGGGUGCCGGAUCUGAGACUCGAACAUGUUUAGAAACAGGGAGGUGGUCUGGCCUGGUUCCUGUGUGCCGAGCGCAAUGUCCACAACUGCCAAGCUUUCCAAAUGGAGCUAUCACAUAUUUUCCUGAUUUUAUUCCUGAUUUUAAUGACGGAACUGUGGCUACAUAUAGCUGUGAUCUUGGUUUCUUUCUGAUCGGAAUUGCAACUCGAACGUGCUCAAUCUCAAUGACUUGGGCUGGCCAGCCUCCUGUGUGCCAACCGGUGGAAUGUCCAGCACUGGCACCCAUUCCAAACGGAGCUAUUACAUAUGAUCCUGAUACGAUUGCUCCUUUUGAUGUGGAUACAGUGGCUACUCAUACCUGUAAUGAUGGUUUCAUUCUGGUGAUCGGAUCUGAGACUCGAACGUGUUUAGCUGGAGGGAUAUGGUCAGGCCUCAUUCUUGUGUGCCGACAGGAGGAAUGUCCAGCACCGGCACCCAUUCCCAACGGAGCUAUUACAUAUGGUCCUGAUACGAUUGCUCCUUUUGAUGUGGGUACAGUAGCUACUCAUAGCUGCAAUGAUGGUUUCAUUCUGGGUGCCGGAUCUGAGACUCGAACGUGUUUAGACAGAGGGAGGUGGUCUGGUCUGAUUCCUGUGUGCCGAGCGCAAUGUCCAGCACUAGAACCUAUUCCAAACGGAGCUGCUAUUACAUAUUUUCCUGAUUUUAUUCCUGAUUAUGAUGACGGAACAUUGGCUACAUACACUUGUGAUCCUGGUUUCCGUCUGGUCGGAAUUGCAACUCGAACGUGCUUAAUCUCAAUGACAUGGUCUGGCCAGCCUCCUGUGUGUGAACCUCUGUGUCGUGCAUUGCCAGCCAUAGACAAUGGAAGGGUUCAAUACUCGCCUGACUUCAUCCCUGAUUUUAACGUGGGUACUGAGGCCACGUACACUUGCAACUUUGGGUUCCGUUUGAUUGGACAGAUGGUUUUAGAGUGUGAAGGAACUGGACUAUGGUCGGAUGUGUCUCCAUCGUGUGAAGGUGUAAAGAGACUGACAACCUGGAGUAAUGGUUAUGAGCCUAUUGGUUUGGCUGACAAGGAUAAUGGAUAA